AUGGCUCGCAAGAUAUGGUGUAACAGCCAGCGACCCCUACCUCCUGGACCUCCGUCCUACCCGCUAAUUGGGCAGUUGUUGUCACUUCCUCGGGUAGCUGGGGCAUCAGAGUUUGCUGAACCAAGUGUAAAGCUAAAAUCCGAUAUCAUUUCUUUCCGCAUCUUUGGGACUACAAUCAUCGUACUGAACUCGACAGAGGUGGCGCACGAUCUUCUUGAGAAACGUCAGAAUCUCUACUCGAAUAGAUAUCGUCCGCCAAUGGUGGUCUCACCCAAACUUAUGGACACACAGGGCUUUACGGCAUUCUUAGAUUCCAACAACCUUUGGAAAAAACACCGUCGGGCGUUCUCCACUAGGCUCAAUGUACAAAGUGCCACCGAAUUCAGGCCCUUGCAAGAAAAGCAGUGUGGGUUGUUGCUACAACGACUUUUGGAUUUCUGUAGAUCAACCCAGUCAUCCAACGAGCUCCUCCGAGAGUUUUAUCGCACCGCAUCAUCAAUCUUCUUGGACUCAAUUUACGGUUACGAACUAAAGUCGGCUGAUGAUCCAUUCUUUGUCGAUGUUGUCGUUUUGAAUGAGCACCUUGCCAAAGCUGCUAUGCCGUCACCAUAUCUUCCAGAGUGGUUUCCUGGCGCUUAUUGGAAGCGACUGGCUCGAGAGUGGCGAGAUCAUAAGAAUCGCACCGUAAAUGACAUAUUUUACUGGGCCAAACAACGUAUCGUAAAUGGAGGAGACGAUCGCUCCAUAAUCGCCUUGACGCUUAAGGACGCUCGCGAGGCCGGCUGGAGUGAAGAUGAAGCGGAUGAUUUUGCCAAGAAUCUUGGAACAAUGAUGAGUGGUUCCGAGACGUCUACAAUGACCUUGGUAUGGUUCGUAUUGGCCAUGGUGUUGCACCCUGAAGUACAGGCCAAGGUACAGCAAGAGAUUGACACCGCUGUUGGAUCCAACCGUUUGCCCACCUUUAGCGAUCGCCCUAAUCUCCCCUACCUCGAAAGAGUAUUGUUGGAAGUGCUAAGAUGGCGACCUGGUAUACCACUUGGGGCACCCCAUACUUCUAAUGAAGAAGAUGAAUACCGGGGUUACCGGAUUCCCAAAGGUGCUAUUGUAAUAGGCAAUAUAUGGGCUACGACCCGAGAGGAAAAGAUGUACCACAAUCCUGAGGAGUUUAAUCCUGACAGAUUUUUGGACCCCAAAGUGCCCCAUCCAUUGGUAUUCGGAUGGGGAUCGAGGAUUUGUCCUGGAAAACAUUUCUUCCGUGAAAUGUUCUUCAUUGAGGCUGCACAAAUACUAGCUGUGUUCAAAUUACAAAAACUCAAAGAUGAAAAAGGACAAGUGGUUGAGCCAGAAACGAGGGUAACAGCGGAUAGUGGAGUACCGUAUGUCCUUACGGUUGUUGUUGACGAAGGCACCAGUGCUAAAUACUUGAUGUUUAGCCGUCCCAUCGAAUUCAAGAUACAAAUUACACCACGUUCGAGCCAGCACGUAGAACUAAUUCAUACCGCUGCUUAA